AUGGGUGCAAGAAGAGAAGAACCAGAAUUGAGGAGGAAGAGACGUCCCACAGUUGACCAUAAUGAUUGGAAUGUAGAAAUUCAAUCCAAUUUCGAUUCCAGGAAGAAAUGGCCUGGUUGUAAAAGUAUCGCGACCAUUCGUGAUCAAUCACGAUGUGAAUCAUCUUGGGCUUUCAGUGCUGUCGAAGCAAUGAGUGAUCGAAGCUGCAUACAGUCAGGUGGCAAACAAAAUGUCGAACUGAGUGCUGUUGAUCUAUUGAGCUGUUGCGAACAUUGUGGAGAUGGUUGUGAAGGUGGGUUUCCUGCUCUUGCUUGGGAUUAUUGGGUGAAGGAAGGUAUUGUUACUGGAAGUUCGAAGGAGAAUCACACAGGCUGUCAACCAUAUCCAUUCCCAAAAUGUGAGCAUCAUACCAAAGAAAAGUAUCCUGCAUGUGGUGAGGAAAUCUACAAGACUCCUAGUUGUGAAAACACUUGUCAGAAAAGUUAUAAAAUCCCAUACGCUCAAGACAAACAUCUAGGUAAAUCAUCCUACAAUAUUGAUAAUAAUGAAAAGGCUAUUCAAAAAGAAAUCAUGAAAUAUGGACCAGUUGAAGCAAACUUCAUCGUUUAUGAAGAUUUUCUUAAUUACAAAUCUGGAAUCUAUAGACAUAUUACUGGGAAAUUAGUUAGUUGA